CAUGACUAACUCUCAACUCGCGUGUGCUCACACAUUGGAACGUGUAACGCUUUGCUUGCUCAUACGUUUACAUUACUUUGUCAGUUGAGUUUCAUACUGAGACUCGUGAGGAUCAUCAUUGUAAAACCAGUGUUAAAUUUCAUUAAUCCGAUAGUACAUUAUUAUUAUUAUUAUUAUUGUAAUAACUUCUUUAAGUGAUUAAAAUAUUUAAUCGGUAAUUAUCAAUUACUAAUCCGUAGUACUGUGAUUAAAGUUUUGCCCUAAAAAACUUUUUGAUUCUUAUUUAUAAGUUUUUAAGAGUUUAAGAUAAGAGGAUAUAACAAAAUCAUAAUAGUGAAGGAGACGGCAAGAGGAGAGACAAAACUGAGACUACCAAUGGUGAUUGUCAUCAGGAGAUCAAAGUAACUGACUCUCGUUGUUUGGAUAUAUUUAAUUCGAUAAAACGUAUUAUUUUAUUUAAAAUGGGCUGCUGUGGAUGUGGAGACGAUGAUUCUGCUAAAAUAGAACCUGGGAGCCCAGAACGAGAGUCAUCAUUUUCAGAAGUCGAAGUCUUUGCUAAAAACCGCUCUUGUACAGAUUUACCGGCACUUUUAAUUCUUGUUCUACUUAUCGGUGGUUAUGGAUAUUUUGUAAGUGCAGCAGUAAAAAAAGGUGACCCUUUUCGACUUUGGAAUGGAUAUGAUGACUGUGCUAAUGUCUGUGGUCGAAUUACAAGUAGAGAAUCGAAUCCAGAGUUUUCAUGUAAAGGCGCUGACUUGAGGAGAUUUGGUUAUCAUUACGCUGAAUUUGGGAUAGACGGAGUCAAGUCUCGUAAGUGCAUUGAAAGUUGCGAUAACUUGGGAAAUGAAACCAUACGAUUUUUAAAUCGUUGCAUCGUUAAAAGUAAUGGAAAUAAUCCUGCAAACGCUUUACUAAAUAAUCUGGGUGUUAAAAAUUUUUUUAACGAAGCCGCAAAUGAUUUGAAUAUUGCAUGGAGAGAAUUGAUUUACCUGCUAUUAAUUGCUCUCGCAUCAUCCCUCUGUAUUCUGAUUGCUUUCCGAUACAUCGUACAAUACGUCAUAUUCAUUGUUCUAAGUGGUGCAGUUGUCAUCUCCAUUGCUGGGACAAUUUAUCUCUGGUUGCUGUGGCACUUUGAAAGAAAAGAUGUUAUGUCUGGUAAAAUAGACGAAGAAGAAGGACAUGUGCAAGCAUAUUUAGUAUAUGCUAUUUUAAUGUCAAUAGUUGCUGUUGUAACGCUUCUUGUAGUACUUGUCAUGCGAAGCAGAAUAGCUCUCGUUUCCCAAUUAUUCAAAGAAACUGGUAAAGCCAUUUAUUCAAUGCCUGGACUAUUGUUGCAACCAAUAUAUACUUAUAUCAUUAUCAGCGCUUCACUUAUCGGUUGGCUUUACGUGAUGCUGUGGAUUGAAAGUGCCGGUGAUCUUUAUAAAAAUAAAAAAGGCCAUUUUCACUAUAAAAAAAAUGGUUUACUUGAGGGCGCAAGAUGGUACAAUAUCUUCAUGUACUUCAUUAUGAUGCAAUUUUACCUCGGUUGUCAGCACAUGAUCGUAGCUGGUGCAGUUGCACGUUGGUUUUUCACAAGGGACAAAAAACAUUUGUCGAUGCCAGUAACACGUAGUACAUGUUCAUUAAUACGUCAUCAUCUUGGUACUGUUGCAUUUGGUUCGCUGAUUAUAGGCAUUGUUUCAUUUCUAAGAGCUAUUUUUGCUUAUACAGCAAAAUAUCUUCAAAAAUAUGACAAUGCAUGGAUGAGAGCUCUUUUAUGUUGUUGUCAUUGCUGCUUGUGGUGUUUAGAAAAUGUCCUUAAAUUUUUAACACGAAAUGCUUACAUCGAAACUGCUAUUUACGGUUGCAAUUUAUGUGCUGGAGGUAAAAAAGCAUUCCGAGCACUUACGGACAAUAUAUUACGAGUAGCAGCUAUUAAUAGUGUUGGAGAUUUCGUAUUAUUCUUGGGUAAAGUACUCGUUGUUGCGCUUACUGUUGUUGCCGGUGUUUAUUUGAUUCAGAGAAAAGAUGGAUUGCGCCAUCCUUGGGUACCAAUAGCUCUUGGUGGACUAUUUGCUCUUCUCAUUGCCCAUUGUUUCAUUUCAAUUUAUGAGAUGAUCAUCGAUACGAUAUUUAUAUGCUUCUGCGAAGAUUGCUCGCGAAAUGAUGGAAUAAGCCGUCCAUAUUAUAUGAGUCGUGGUUUGAUGGAGUUUGUAGAAAACAGUAAAGAAGCUUUAAAAAAGCUUUAAAUACUCCGUGUUCUUCAUAAAGUGCUUCUACUUCAAAAUAUAAUUAUUAAUUUAACAUUUAAAUAAUUAAUAGAGUAAAGACUGAAAAUAUAAAUAUAUUUUUGUCUGCAUUUGCCGUGGAAUUUAAAUAACACGUAUUACCAAAGCACAAUCUUUAAGUAAUGGAGUGAUGCGUCUAAAUAUUCUAAAAAUAUUUAAAUAUUUACGAUGUUGGUCUUUUUUUUAAGACAACAUUUUUUAAUGUGAUGUUUCAAUACAGACAAUGAAAGUAAAAA